AUGCAUACAAUCUACUUGAUAUCGUUUGAAUUUGUAGAAUUUGGAUCUGAUUGGGUUUCUGUAUUGCUACUAAAUUAUCUUAAUAGAAAGGUGUUCAAGGCAGUCUGCCGUCAAACUGGAGAUGUUGUGGCUCUCAAAAAGAUCUAUCUUCGGGAGGAUGACAAGGGAAAAGACAAAAACAGAAGUGGUUUUCCAAUCACAACGAUUAGAGAAAUUGAAAUUUUGAGAUCUUUGCGACAUAGAAACAUAGUUGAAUUAAAGGCAAUGAUUUCGUUUGCUGAAGACAUCCACAUGUAUAUGGUUUUUGAAUACAUGGAUCAUGAUAUUACAGGAAUAUUGCAGCACGGAUCAGUACAGUAUGAUUUGUCACAUAUCAAGUGCCUUACAAAACAACUAUUUGAAGGGCUCGGGUAUUUACAUGCCAACAAUAUUGUUCAUCGUGAUAUCAAAGGUGCAAAUCUGCUAUUGAAUAGUGUUGGCGAACUUAAAUUGGCAGAUUUUGGCUUGGCACGUCGCAUUCAUGUUGAUAAAGAUUCUGGUGAAGCAGUUCCUGGAUUUGAUUACACCAAUAGAGUCGUAACACUAUGGUAUCGAUCUCCAGAACUUCUUCUUGGAUCGACAUCAUAUGGGUUUGAAGUGGAUAUAUGGAGUGCAGGUUGCAUUUUUGUUGAAUUUUUCUCUAAAACAGCAAUAUUUCAAGGACGAACCGAGAUUGAGCAAAUGGACGCCAUUGUUCGUAUCUGUGGUUCUCCAACAGUAGAAGUUUGGCCAGGUGUUAAAGAUUUAAGUUGGCACGGUUUACUUCAAUUUGCGAAAACCAGUCGAAAUGUCGAACACUAUAUGCGUAAAUUGAAUAUGUCACCCAUGGCGAUAGAUAUGAUUGAUCGGGUGUUGGCACUCGAUCCAGCUAAAAGAUUGACUGUGAAAUCAGUUUUAGAACAUCCGUUUUUUACUGUUGAAUCACCUAUUUCCUGUGAUCCUUGGCAACUUCCGAUUAUUGACGGUGACUGGCACGAAUUUGAAGGCAAGCAGAGACGGAAAACUCGGACAGCAUAUUCAAGUCAUUCACAGCAAGGAUCAGGUACUGCCGGCAGUCAACCGCACGAGACUUUGUAGCCAUGUAUGAUGUUGGUCCUGUUGAAUAAACGAUUCAACUUUUGAAUGAAAGGAUCUCCAUUAACAUAUGACCCGAAUAAACAAAGAUGAUUUUAACAUCU